GUGGACGCCUUUCUGAUCGGCUGCAUGUUCAUUAAAAUGUCCCAGCCCAAGAAGCGCGCAGAGACGCUUAUGUUUAGCCAGGACUCAGUGAUCUCGCAGCGCGACGGGAAACUGUGCCUCAUGUUCCGCGUGGGCAACCUGCGAAACAGCCAUAUGGUGUCCGCGCAGAUCAGAUGCAAACUCAUAAAGUCUCGUCAGACCCCGGAGGGAGAGUUCCUACCCCUGGACCAGUGUGAGCUGGAUGUGGGUUUUGGGACGGGUGCGGACCAGCUCUUCCUAGUAUCACCUCUCACCAUCUGCCAUGAGAUCAAUCCUAAGAGCCCUUUCUUUGACCUGUCCCAGCGAUCCCUCAUGAACGAGCAGUUUGAGAUUGUUGUCAUCCUGGAGGGCAUUGUGGAGACCACAGGUAUGACGUGUCAGGCGCGGACAUCGUACACGGAGGAUGAGGUGUUGUGGGGCCACCGCUUCCUGCCCGUCAUGUCUCUGGAGGAGGGAUUCUUCAGGGUGGACUACUCCCAGUUCCACAGCACUUUCGAGGUCAACACCCCACCCUACAGCGUCAAGGAUCACGACGAGAAGUCCUCCCUGCCUUCGCCCCUCYCCACCCCCACGCUGGGCGAGAGCCACGGKSMCGCCCGACGUGCCCGRGUCUUCUCUGURGACUGCAUYAACACUACGGACCGGGAGGAGCGGGCGGGGCAGUCCAGGCUGCCCAGUAAGCUUCAGAGGAUGAGCUCGUCUGGGAAGGAGGACCUACAGAGGAAGGGUGCCCUCAUUGGGAGGAUGAAGCGCACAAGGUGUCCGUCCACGCCAAUGCAACACCAACAUGUCCAGCACGCCCUGGAACCUCAGGGGCUUCACUCGUCUGUGAAAGAGGUGGCACUGUUCUAUGAGGAGGAGCCCAUGGAGGUUGACUAUGUGGAGGAACAGGAGGACCAACCAGUCUGUGGUUCAGGCCACUGUCACUGUCCAGAGUGGAUUCCCCCACUACAGAAUCCAUGA